AUGGUGCGUAAUGUGGUGUUCGCUGUGGCGGGCUACGCGUACGAGCGCACGCUGAGGCCGAUGCGCUCAUGGCUGCACCGCCAGCUCGUCGACGCCGCCGCCGCUUCGUCCUCGAGUCCGGCCUUCGAAUCGUUCGCGUCCUCGUCCGAUCAUGGGAGCCCAGCGAGCUCACGUUCAAGUGUGAGAGCAUCCACCGCGUCGUCAUCGUCAUCGUCAUCGCCGGCGUUCCCCGGCCCCAUGUCGUUCGUGACCUCGACCUUCUUUGUCGCCCUGCUCGGCCUCUCGAUCCUGCUCAACCGCAUACAUCACCUCGUACCCCCACGUCGACCUUUCGCCGACCGUGACCCUCUACCUGAUGGCUCGAACGCGCCCUUGCCGACCAAGCUGCGCCUUGCCCUUCGACUGCCGAGCCUGGUGCUCCUCCUGCGCUCGUCGACGCUCUUGUCGGCUCUGCUGCUCGCCCACAACUACGAUUCGCACCUCUUUUCCUCGACCAGCAAUGGGCGUGCGUUCGUCAGAGCGCUAUCGUUUCUCACACCGUGGGCCGGUCGAUCCGAACUGAGCCGGCUGGUCCAAGCGGCGGAUGGCUCGAGGCUGCCAUACGCGAUCGCCAGCGCCUCCUCGGUUAUGUGGGAGGUUUUCGUCGCCGUCGCUUUGGCUGUCGUCACCGAGACCUUUGUUCGAGCCCUCGCCGACGAUCUCGGAUCCCAAGCCUCGUUCAACCUGCUCUCCUUCUCAUUCCUCUUGCAUAUCCACUCGGCGCCCUUCUACGCUUCCCCACCUGCCGGCCAAGCAUGGCAUCCCCCAACGCAUCUCUACGUUCAUCUCCUCCUGACUCUGCUCGAGCUCUUCGUCCUCCACAGCUCGUUCAUCUGGACACCUCCGAGACGGCCGCUGCGACUCGCCAUCACGGCCUUCUUCUCGCUGAUCGGCCAGGCGAUCCUCUCGAUCGGAUUCUAUCGAGCUGUCUACGCUCCGCAAGGUCGUCGCGGUCCGGCUCUGCUCGACGACUCGAUCUCUUGGGAGGGGACCGUAUGGAUGUCCUUGAUCCCCGAUUUGACCUUCGAGGCGCUCGCGUUGAUGACGAUCGUGUUGAGGGCGUCGGCGAUACUGCUCAGGCGCGAGGAGAUGACGAUGGAGGGUGUCUUUGGCCACCGCGCGCAUUGGCCAAAGAGGAGUGAUGAUUGGGGUGUUGGCAUGAUCAAGUAGGGUUUUUUACCGAUCAGAUGAAUAUGGCUCGAAUCUCUUACUAAUCUGUUCAUCGCUACUGCCUUUGUAGAUACGCGACCUCAUGUCUCGAAUCAUCGACACUCGCCGGUCUGGCAAACGAAGUCUCGCCGAUUCGUAUCAUGGCACCUUUGCCGCUCUCGUUCCUUUCCCUCCAACUCCCCGAUGCUCCUACCCCUCCGACUUCCGACAUCGUUCGACUCGGUCGAUCCGGCUCCAGUUCAUCAGGACUCGUUCAUCGUCGUCGAAGCUCCAAGAGAUCAGCUCGGCAUUCGCCGCAGGAGGGGUUCGCGAACGAGAUCAAGUCGAUCGAGGUCUUGCGCCGUCAGGGUGAAGAGGUGGGCGGCAUUGGUGGAGGUGAACAACGGCGCAACGCAUGGCGAGGGUUGUGGGCGCUCGCAUGGAGGAUGUCUUUCUUCGUCGUGUGGAAGACCUAUCGCGCGUUCAGAAGAGCUUACUUGGGAGUCGUUGAUUUCCUCGGGUACGGAGACGAUGAGGAUCGGGAAUCGCAUGCGAUGGAACGAUGGGUCCCGAGAGGGAGUGGAGAAGAAAUAGAGGAUGCAGAGGAUGGUGAUUACGUGCCGUCCGAAGAUGACGAGGAUGAGGACGAUUCUUCCGACGACGAAGACUCGUUGCUUGGAUCUGCUACGCAGGUCGAAGAGGAAGCUGCGAGCUCGGGCGAGGACGAUGAUGGCGAGGCGGCUUCACUAUUGCAAGAGCUCGUGGGGUUUUCACCUGCACGUCAUCAAAGAAGUGAUGGCUCAUCCUCGACAAGUCCAGGCGCAUCAUCAGCGCUGAUCCGCAAUCACGAUCAUCGUCCGACGACCAAUCUCGCCGACGUGGACGAGCACGCCGAUUUAGCCCCAUUGCUUUUGGCGCACUACUUUACCCCCUCGGGGACCUCACCGAUGACUCGAAGACGCUACGCCUCGCUCUCCUCCCCAACCCCUAGCGCCGCUGAAGCUUUCAGUAGCGCGAUCGACCAACGCCGUCUCGAGCUCGGUGCGACAUCGAACCCGACCGCCACAUCCUCUUCCACUUUGGACGACGCACCGUACCAACGGCUUUGCGUAAUCUGCGCGACGGACGAACGCUCCAUCGUGUGCUGGCCCUGUCGAUGCUUGACGAUGUGCGACGGUUGUCGCCAUCACUUGAGUACGCGUACGAGCGCGAGGGAACAUUUGUGUCCGACGUGCCGAGGCAAGGUUGAGGGAUACAGUCGGAUUUGGAUCCCUUGA